AUCUUCGAAGUGAAGGCCACCGCCAGAGACACGCAUCUCGGAGGUGAGGACUUCGACAAUCGGCUGGUGAAUCACUUCGUUGCGGAGUUCAAGCGGAAGAACAAGAAGGAUAUCAGCAGCCACGCCAGAGCUCUGAGGCGGCUGCGAACUGCCUGCGAGAGGGCGAAGAGGACUCUGUCUUCCACCUCUCAGACCACCAUCGAAAUUGACUCCCUCUACGAAGGUAUCGACUUCUACUCCACCAUUACUAGAGCUAGGUUUGAAGAAUUGAACAAGGAGGCGGUGGGUCGUCGGGAAAGAAGGAGGAAGAAGAUGGAAUAG